AUGUCCCUUGGUCACGGGAGUGGCGCUCCCAGUCAGUCUGAUAAUCUAUGCCCCUCAAGUCUGCCUUCACGUCACCGACGGAAUAGCAGCGCGAUGUCGCUCGUCAUAACAGCGGGGGGCAGUGUCCCCUCCACUGGUACUCCAGGGUUCUCCCCAAUGUCGACCCGGGCUUCACCCAUGCCCCUGAACUUCCGUGAUUCCUUAUCACCUUUGGGUGACCCGUCCCACCAGAAUGACAACUCGGAAAACGAGGUUGUUGACCUGUUAUAUCGCACUGGGCUGGGUAAGAAAACAGAUGACAGUGGAAACUCUUCCCUGUCAGACCCAGAAGAUCAAGACUCACGACGUGCCCCUUCACCAGGUAUCAACCCCACAGAAAUCACAUUUGCUAAAGCACCAAAGCUCCGCACAGGCACUUCACCUCGUAUCAAAUCAGAAGACUCAUCUGAUGUAGAUCAAUUGGACGACACUGAGUACGAGUACACCAAUGCCCCCGACUUGAGUUUAAGUCCUGGUAUGGUCAUUGCCCCUGACGCCACAAACAGCAGCCCCAACGUCAAGGAUGGGGGCCCAACAGCAUCAUCACAAUACAGUGGCUUUCCAACUCCAAGGAGGGCUCCUAACCAACUCACGCUCAAACCCUCAGAGUACCAUCAACCGAAAAGACACAAGGAGGUUUCUGACAAUGAAAACGGGACUGCAGAGGGACAGUCAUCUGGAGCUGAAGACUCCAAAGAGAAUGAAACGCACAACAGUCCAGGGCAUAUGACGCCUGAUGCGGAAGGUGUCAGAAGUGCUUCAAGUGAUGAGGAGGCAGAAGGAGGGACAGAGUCUCAAGAGGAAGGUGAGGUGCAGAAUGAUUUCGGUGAUAAGAGUGACAAGUCGGACCGUUCUGGAUCGGCCAGCCAACGAUCUGAUACUUCUGGGGGCCCGGUUCCCACAAGGCGGCCAAAGACAUCAUCAAGCUCGAGGGUGGCCAGCAGAGGCAGGGGAGAACCACGACCGGCUACAUCAUCAAGACCUGAUACGCGCCAACCCCGUAGGUCAGGACGAUUAAUAGGUUCCAGAACCGAAAAUCCCCGUGGGCCUGUAAAUCGCAAUGGGCCUGCAACUCGCAGUCGAACACGCCAAAACUCAAUUGGUGGACAAUCAGUGACUCGCCAACGCCAAAACUCAACUGGUCGACAAGGCCGCCAUCAAGCAAGCAGGAACAAGGAAGAAGACAGCGAUGAAGAACGAAGUAGUACUGAUGAAGAUAGCAGUGAUGAUGGUGAUGAUGAUGAUGAUGAUGAUGAUGAUGAUGAUGAUGAUGAUGAUGAUGAUGAUGAUGAUGAUGAUGAUGAUGAUGAGGAUGAUGAUGAUGAUGAUGAUGAUGAUGAUGAUGAUGAUGAUGAUGAUGAUGAUGAUGAUGAGGAUGAUGAUUAUGAGGAUGAAUAA